AGCCAAUCAGUGGUCGAGAGUGAACUGCUCUACGCACGGGCUAGUUUGGACUGCGCGAAGCUCCGUAGCUAGAGCCAAAGGAAAGGAAAAAGGAAGCGGUGAGCGGGGCCGCCUGGGAGCAUGGAGCUGCUGCCUGUGUGCGCCUAACCGGAGCGCGCCCGUGCCGUCUCCACCAUGGCUACGUCAUCCGAAGAAGUGUUACUGAUUGUCAAGAAGGUGCGCCAGAAGAAACAAGAUGGGGCCCUUUACUUGAUGGCGGAAAGGAUUGCCUGGGCCCCUGAGGGGAAGGACCGGUUCACUGUGAGCCACAUGUACGGAGAUAUCAAAUGUCAGAAGAUCAGCCCCGAUGGCAAAGCAAAAGUCCAGCUCCAGCUUGUCCUGCACACGGGAGAGAACACAAACUUACAUUUCUCCAAUGAAAGCACAGCAAUAAAGGAGAGGGACGCCGUGAAAGAGCUGCUGCAGCAGCUGCUCCCUAAGUUCAAGCGGAAGGCGAAUAAGGAACUGGAGGAAAAGAACAGGAUGCUGAAGGAGGACCCGGUCUUGUUCCAGCUCUACAAGGACCUGGUGGUCAGUCAGGUGAUCAGCGCCGAGGAGUUCUGGGCUAAUCGCUUGAGCCUCAACUCCCUGGAGAACAGCCUGUCCAAUAACAAGCAAGACGUAGGGAUCUCCGCCGCCUUCCUGGCUGAUGUUCGUCCCCAAACUGAUGGCUGCAAUGGUCUGAGAUAUAACCUGACCCCGGACAUCAUCGAGUCCAUAUUCCGCACAUAUCCAGCAGUGAAGCUGAAAUACGAUGAGAACGUUCCCCACAACAUGACGGAGAAGGAGUUCUGGACUCGCUUUUUUCAGUCACAUUAUUUUCACAGAGACCGGCUCAACACUGGAUCCAAAGACUUGUUUGCGGAGUGCGCCAAGAUGGAUGAGAAAGGUCUGAAGUCUUUGGUCUCCCAAGGGGUAAAGAAUCCAAUGUUAGACUUGAUGUCUCUGGAGGACAAGUGUCUUGAUGAGGGAUAUGGGAUGGCGUCUGUGCCAUCAACUUCAAAUGCAAAAUCUGUGAAAGAGAACAGCAAUGCUGCCAUCAUCAAACGAUUCAACCACCACAGUGCCAUGGUGCUGGCAGCGGGACUCCGAAAAGAAGAAGCACAAAAUGACCAAUACAGUGAGACGAGUAGCACAGAUGGCAAUUCCCGGGACUCUGACUUCUUCCAGCCCCCUGUAAAGAAGGUGAAGUUGCAGGAGGCCAUAGACUAUGAAGACUUAGAAGAACGUAAACGUAUCAAACCAAUAGCACUAAACCUCAAGAAAUCAGAUAGGUAUUAUCAUGGUCCAACUCCGGUCCAAUCCCAGCAAUAUACAACCAGUCAGGAUAUUAUUAACUCCUUCAAUAGUAUUAAACAACAAAUGGAAAGCUAUGUACCAAGACUAACUCAGGUUCUUUCAAAUAGCGCUGCUAGUAGUACAAUUUCGGCUUUGUCCCCUGGAGGUGCUUUGAUGCAAGGAGGGACCCAGCAAGCCAUAAACCAGAUGGUGCCAAACGAUGUCCAGUCUGAGCUGAAGCACUUGUACGUGGCGGUGGGUGAGCUGCUCCGUCAUUUCUGGUCCUGUUUCCCCGUCAAUACUCCCUUCUUAGAGGAAAAGCUUAUUAAGAUGAGGAAUAACUUGGAAAGGUUCCAGGUUACUAAACUGUGUCCAUUCCAGGAAAAGGUGAAGAAACUCUACCUUAGCACAAACCUCACGAGUCACUUAGAAGAAAUGCUUCAAACAGCGUACAACAAGUUUCAGAUGUGGCAGUCCCGCCGCAUGUUGAAGAAAACGUGAGGUUUUUCUGUCCCAGACAUGGGGGAAAAAAAGAAAAAGAAGAAAAACAAUAAAUACCACACAACUUGCAGAUUGCGACGGGCAAACCCAUAUAGAAAAUAUACAAAACAUGACACCUGGCAGACGUGCGUGGGGCGGGGCGGUGUUUGCUGUGGUGGUCAGAAGUCUCUCGUGGUCAUUGGCGCUGGAGAAAUGAUAAAAUAGAUUCCUAAAGGAACCAAAAGUUUUGUAUACAAAUGGCCAAAAGGAAAAAAAAAAGGAGAGAUGACAUCUGUUCUGUGCGGUCACUCAGGAAGACGCGACCUGGACCCUCUCCGUAAGAAGCUGCUCUGGAAAUCUGGAAAAGUCCCUUUUUCCGUUCCUAAUUAUUCUAUCCACUAUUCUUGCUACUUUGUAUAUCCCGUUUCUAGCGGCGCAGGAGAUAUGUGUCUUGGUCUUACUUAGGUUUUAAGCGAAGAUUUGUACUUGAUCAUAGUUUUAGUAAAAGAUUAUUAUAAUUUUUUUUUCAAAAACUUGAGAAAAGCAGUUUCACUUUCCCCUCCCCAUAGUUGUAAAGACAAGAGGAUCACUUGCACUGCCGGGUUAGAGUUUUGUGUCAUAAAAUGCCCAAAUGACGCAAUUUAUAUAUGCAAAGUAUAUUAUACUGUCCGUAAUAGUCGGAAAGGCCGAGGGGGAAGAAAAAAAAAAUAUUAAGAUUUUUCUCACCAUUCCUGAGAGAUUAGGGAGGCUCCGUCCUCUCUUCAUGACUGUUACCGUACAGUCGGCGACUUGAUAAUCAUUGAGCACUGAGGAACGUGACCCGCAGUCAGCAAGUCCGUGUUUAACGCCAAGCCUGUGCCAUAAGACGUCAUUUCACUUUUUUGGAAUUCGCUCAUCCUCAGACAGUGCGUUGUAUUAUAGACGUUUUCUAAAUGCAGUUUUUAUGUCGUUCUCUCCUCUGGCGACUUUAUUAUCUAUGCAGAUGGGACGAUGACGCGGGAGGUCAAGCUUUUUUUUUUGUUUGUCAUUUUGCUUAAAGCAAAGUGUAUUUAGAUUUCGGCAUGUUGUUUCCACCCCCUCGCCAGAUAUUGGACCUUACCAGGAUGAUUAUAAUUAUUUUUUAUUGUGGGUGCGUAUGAAAUGAGCAUUGUGUCACUGGACAGUUUUGAGCCAGGAUCUGUCACUUGAAGUGUUGCAAAUGGAUUCCUUGUUAUGCAGCCAACUUUAAACAGAUCUCCUUCAUUUUCUUUUCUUUUUUUGUUUUUUAUAUAUAAAAUUAAAAAAAUAAAUUCCUAA